CGCGGAUGUGGGGAAAACAUAGGAUCCAGCUGAGAGUUCAUCAUGAGGUGUCUGCUGCUCCUGCUCCUGGUGGCCGUGGCCGGCGCCAAAGUCUUCGAACGCUGUGAAUGGGCCCGACUGCUGAAGCGCAAUGGGAUGAGCAAUUACAGAGGAAUCAGCCUGGCCGACUGGGUUUGCCUGAGCCAGUGGGAGUCGAGCUACAACACCAGAGCCACCAACCGCAACACCGACGGAUCCACCGACUACGGCAUCUUCCAGAUCAACAGCCGCUGGUGGUGUGACAACGGCCAGACGCCCACCUCCAACGCCUGCGGCAUCAGUUGCAGCGCGCUUCUGACCGAUGACGUCGGUGCGGCGAUCAUCUGCGCCAAGCACGUUGUCAGGGAUCCCAACGGCAUCGGCGCCUGGGUGGCCUGGAAACGUCACUGCCAGGGCCAGGACCUGUCCUCCUACGUGGCAGGAUGUGGUGUGUGAUGGACACAUGGAGGACGGUGGAACACGGCUCUCAACGUUCCCACUGGUUCUAAAGCUGCAGGCAGAUCUUCUCCAAUCAAGUCUUUACUUUCACUGUGUCGCUGCGUUCAACAAAGUCUGAUCAGAUUCAUCUUCAGUGGAUUUCUACUGAUGAUUGUUGUAACGUAGAGGUCUUUGGUCCAGAGGAUCCAACUGUAUCUACAGACACUUCAUGACCCCGAUGAUCAAUAAAACAUUCAGCUUCAAUCAAA